AUGGAGAACCAAGCUAUGUCUUCUUCAGGCUCUUCCACACCAAAACCAGAAAAACUCAAAGGUGUUGUUGUGGCCAUGGAGAAGUCCAAGGAGAAGGCAACAAAAAACACCGAUCUGAAACUAGGUUCUCCUCAAGAGGUUUCCUCUGACAGGAGGACUAAGAACCUUUGUUUUGGAUCUAGUGAUGUCCGAAGAGGAAGAGAGAUCAUGAAGAUUUACCCGUCAAAAUCAAACAAGAUCUACACAUGUCACUUUUGCAAAAAAGGAUUCUCCACCUCUCAAGCCCUAGGUGGUCACCAGAACGCCCACAAGCAAGAGCGGGAGUGGGACAAGAAGCGGAAGGAGAUGGAAGCAGACUUUCCUGGACUCGCCUUUUUGAACCCUUACCUAGAUAAGCCUCACAUUCUCUUAGGUGGGUAUUCACAAGAUGCUUUAUCAAAUGAAAAUCAUCUUGGGAUUACUCUUGAUCCUUUUAAACGUUUAAUUUACCCAUCUUUCAAUAGAGGAGUCCUCGGAGGACUCGCGGAUAUGAACAUGACCGUAGUUCCUUGUGUGACUCCUACUCGUUUCUUCACCGGGAACGCUAGCACCAAUGAUACUGCUUCAAGGGUCCCUGAUCCUUUACCAAAAAGGAGUUGUCCAUUAAUUUCAAGAAACGUUUAUCCUUUUCUUCCUCCUCGUGCCACCAAACUUUCUAGCGAUGUGGCUUUACAAGAGAAUGUUUUGACCGAAGAGAAUUUCAUCUCAAAGAUUGGAACAAACAAUGUUGUGGAGAUUGAUGAUGAUGAUGAUAUUCAACCAGAAGAAGACAACUCCAAAAGCGGGGGAAUUGAUUUAUCUCUAUCCCUUUGA